AUGAGGUUCACCAAACUCCUCUCAGCCCUCCUCAUCGCUCCAUCUGCAUCCUCCCCCAUGGCCAUCUCAGCCCCAGGUCCCCAAGUCCUCGUCGACCCAGCAGGCGUAUACAUGCGCGCCACCCGCCUCAACGACAACACCAUCAUAGCCGGCUACGCAGCCCAAGACGGACCCAACCACCUCCUCCGGGUAGUCAAGUCCUCCGACGCAGGAUCCUCCUGGACGCAACUCGGCACCGUAACAGCGGGUGACUCUGCAACGCACGAUAUUGACAAUGCGUUUCCGCUGCAACUUCCCAGUGGUAGAAUUCUGUUUGCUUUUCGAAACCACGACCGCACUUCCAAAGGCGUGUAUACGUACUACCGCAUCACAGUGUGUUACUCAGAUGACGGGGGCGUAACGUGGUCAUUUCUCACGCAGAUUGAUGAACGGCAUGCGAAUGGAGUGAAUGGCCUGUGGGAGCCGUUUCUGAGGGUCUCUAGGAAUGGGACAUUGCAGGUGUUUUAUUCGUCGGAGAAUAAUGGCGGUGAUCAGGAUAACGUUAUGAAGACGUCGACGGAUGGAGGGGCGUCGUGGGCCGGUCCGUUUGCUGUUUCGGGGCAGGGAAUUACGAGUAGGGACGGUAUGACUGCCGUUGCGGAUGUGGGAGGGAAAUUAAUGUGCGUCUUUGAAAAUACGGAAUCUGGUCCAUUUUCGAUAAAUUACGUGCUUUCGUACGACGAUGGCUUUACUUGGUCUUCGCGGACGAGGUUGUAA